UGUUAGCACCACAGCUGUUAGCACCACAGCUGUUAGCACCGCAGCGCAGCAGUUAGCACCGCAGCUGUUAGCACCACAGCUGUUAGUACAGCAGCGCAGCUGUUAGCACCACAGCUGUUAGCACCGCAGCGCAGCUGUUAGCACCACAGCUGUUAGCACCACAGCACAGCUGUUAGCACCACAGCUGUUAGCACCGCAGCGCAGCUGUUAGCACCACAGCUGUUAGCACCACAGCGCAGCUGUUAGCACCACAGCUGUUAGCACCACAGCUGUUAGCACCGCAGCGCAGCUGUUAGCACCACAGCUGUUAGCACCACAUCUGUUAACACCACAGCUGUUAGCACCGCAGCGCAGCUGUUAGCACCGCAGCUGUUAGCACCACAGCUGUUAGCACCGCAGCGCAGCUGUUAGCACCACAGCUGUUAGCACCACAGCUGUUAGCACCGCAGCUGUUAGCACCACAGCGCAGCUGUUAGCACCACAGCUGUUAGCACCACAGCUGUUAGCGCCACAGCUGUUAGCACCGCAGCUGUUAGCACCGCAGCUGUUAGCACCAUAGCUGUUAACACCACAGUGCUGUAAAUAUGUAAUCUACACUGGUCCUAUAAGGACAUGUGAACUGGACAAUGUGAACGUACCAUUAGGAUGUGUUGCUUGACUGUGUUGGAUUGUGUUGUUGUCCGACUGUGUUGGACUGUGUUGUUGUCCGACUGUGUUGAACUGUAUUGUUGUCCGACUGUGUUGGAAUGUGCUGUUGUCCGACUGUGUUGGACUGUGCUGUUGUCCGACUGUGUUGGACUGUAUUGUUGUCUGACUGUGUUGGUAUUGGACUGUAUUGUUGUCCGACUGUGUUGGACUGUAUUGUUGUCCGACUGUGUUGGACUGUGCUGUUGUCCGACUGUGUUGGACUGUGCUGUUGUCCGACUGUGUUGGACUGUAUUGUUGUCUGACUGUGUUGGUAUUGGACUGUAUUGUUGUCCGACUGUGUUGGACUGUAUUGUUGUCCGACUGUGUUGGACUGUGCUGUUGUCCGACUGUGUUGGACUGUGCUGUUGUCCGACAGUGGUAGACUGUAUUGUUGUCCGACUGUGUUGGACUGUAUGGUUGUCCGACUGUAUUAGACUGUGUUGUUGUCCGACUGUGUUAGACUGUGUUGUUGUCCGACUGUGUUGGACUGUGUUGUUGUCCGGCUGUGUUGGACUGUGUUGUUGUCCGACUGUGUUAGACUGUGUUGUUGUCCGACAGUGUUAGACUGUGUUGUUGUCUGACUGUGUUGGACUGUGUUGUUGUCCGACAGUGUUGGACUGUGUUGUUAUCCGACUGUGUUAGACUGUGUUGUUAUCCGACUGUGUUAGACUGUGUUGUUGUCCGACAGUGUUAGACUGUGUUGUUAUCCGACUGUGUUGGACUGUGUUGUUGUCCGACAGUGUUAGACUGUGUUGUUGUCCGACAGUGUUAGACUGUGUUGUUGUCUGACUGUGUUGGACUGUGUUGUUGUCCGACAGUGUUGGACUGUGUUGUUAUCCGACUGUGUUAGACUGUGUUGUUAUCCGACUGUGUUAGACUGUGUUGUUGUCCGACAGUGUUAGACUGUGUUGUUGUCCGACAGUGUUAGACUGUGUUGUUAUCCGACUGUGUUAGACUGUGUUGUUGUCCGACUGUGUUGGACUGUGUUGUUGUCCGACUGUGUUGGACUGUAUUGUUGUCCGGCUGUGUUAGACUGUGUUGUUGUCCGACAGACUGUGUAACAUAGUGAAGUAGAGCAGAGGUUCACUCCCCAUGAUUGGGAAACAUCCUCAACAUAUUAGACGGGCCGGAUUAUCGGACUUUGAUCAGAGCUUUCAAUUAUCGGCUUGCCUGUGUAAUCCAUACAAAGUGCUUUUCCUGGGAAUGCCUCAUUUCCAAACAGACAUGGAAAUGCAGCUCAAUUUGAUAAAAUGAUUCAGAGACACUUUGAUCAAGUUCGAGUUUAGAUUCAGGGUUCAAGUUAGAAUUACACUUUAAAGGGGCAAUAUGCGAUUGGUACAUAUAUUUUUGUGAUUUUAAAUUAAUGACAAAAACCCAUUGAUUAUUUUGUUGGCAGAUACCCAUGGACUUUCAGUCAUUGCUCUAACGCUAGUUAGCAUUGGCUUGCGAAACUACCUCUAACUUCCUUCAUACUGGACAUAGACAUACAAACGGUAUCCACUAGUUCAUCUGCCUUUGGGGGAGUAGAUAAAGGGCCUCAUGGCCAAAAUCCUGAAGUAUCCCUUUAAAUUGGCCACUGGACAUCUUCCCCUGACUGGAUCGAUUCUUCUGUAGUCAAGUGGUUGCAUUUUCUCCCCUAAAGGUGAGGAUUAGGGGAGGGGAAGCUGAUCCUACAUCUGUUACUAAGGGACAUUUCACCUGGGAGUGAUUCAGGUGAAAUACCUGCAUGUGUGUGCUGUCAGUGCAUGUGGAUGUGUGCCUUUCAUUUCAGAGGGGUCGUUGAUUUGUCACUGGUCCAAUACUGUCUAUCUGGGUAGGUCUAAUACUGUCUAUCUGGGUAGGUCUAAUACUAUUUUUUUCCAUAUGAGAAUAUCAACCAUGUGCUCUCUCCCUUUCUUCACUCUACAGCCAGGAAAUCCAGUGACAAAGUUAGUGUGUAAAGCAUGCAAGUGUGCUCGUGUAAUACGAUUGGUUUGUAGGAGUUUACAUAAUAAGUGUGAUGGCAUACACAUAUACUACUACCUACCUAACCAGGAUGGAGUGUGGAGUUUGUGUACUAAUAGGUAAUAUACCAACCAUUAUACUACAGGGAAAUUAACAAGUUAACCUGUGUAAAUGUACUGCCUGCUCACAUAGAGUGCCAUUCUAUGGAAGUUUGCCUGUUACUUCAUGGAGCAGUGCAUAUGUUUGCGUUCACUCACUGCAGUGAAUCAUGUCCUCGCAAGCUAAUAGAUAACGCUAUGCAACACACACACACACACAAACACACACACACACACACACACACACACACACACACACACACACACACACACACACACACACACACACACACACACACACACACACACACACACACACACACACACACACACACACACACACACACAACCACAUGCACAAGAACACACACCAAAACACAUACAGCAUGUGUGCACACAAACAUAUGGACACACACUGACACACUGACACACUGACACACUGACACACUGACACACUGACACACUGACACAUAGAAAUGCAGGCUCAAGCAUCAGCGUCGACACAGGCAGACCACCACCCACCCAGAUAGGAGGUGUUGACAGGCAUUUGUCAAAACCUGUUAAUAAAUAAAUCCUUUCAAAGACUUGUGUACACACAUGCAGCAGUUCAUUUGAACUAUGUCUUUGUCUGUGUGUGUGCCUGUGUGUGUGUGCAUGCGUAUGUUUGUGUGUGUGUGCGAAUGUGUUUUUGUGUUUGUGUGCGUGUGUGUGUUUGUGUGUGUGUGUGUGUGUGUGUGUGUGCAUGUUUGUGUUUGUGUGUGUGCGUACGUGUGGUUGUGUGUGUGAUUACGUGUGUUUUUGCAUUUGUGUGUGUGUGUGGAGACAGAGAGGUCUUGAUUUAUUGACAGCUUAUUAGCAUUUGACUUGUCAACUCCCUGCAUCAUCCAUCAUUCCUGUGCCCUUCAACACACAGUAACACUAACCAUAGGCAGAGAAACUCUACAUUUCACAACAGACUAGCCUUUCUAUUUUCCAUAAUCCACAAGCAGCCUAUUCUUACCUCAUUCUACUGACAUUAUUGGAUUUAUGCUGAGAUGCACUGAGCAUACAGUACCAGUCAAAAGUUUGGACACACCUACUCAUUCAAAGGUUUUUCUUUAUUUUCAAAUUUUUUUACAUUGUAGAAUAAUCGUGAAGACAUGAAAACUAUGAAAUAACACAUAUGGAAUCAUGUAGUAAGCAAAAAAGUGUUAAACAAAUCAGCUGUUGGCAUUUGCCAACUUGGUCUUUUACCAAAUAGGGCUAUCUUCUGUAUACCACCCCUACCUUGUCACAACACAACUGAUUGGCUCAAAUGCAUUAAGAUGGAAAGAAAUUCCAAAAAUUAACUUUUAAGAAGGCACACCUGUUAAUUGCAAUGCAUUCCAGGUGACUACCUCAUGAAGCUGGUUGAGAGAAUGCCAAGAGUGUGCAAAGCUGUCAUCAAGGCAAAGGGUAGCUAUUUGAAGAAUCUCAAAUAUAAAAUAUAUUUUGAUUUGUUUAACACUUUUUUGGUUACUACAUGAUUCCAUAUGUGUUAUUUUAUAGUUUUGAUGUCUUCACUAUUAUUCUACAAUGUAAUUUUUUUUAUUUAAUCUUAUUUUUAAAUGUAUGACCAACCAAAUAAAUAAGUCAGGGCCUGUAUUCAAAAUGUGUCUAAGUAAGAGUGCUGAUCUGGGAUCAGUUUUGCCUUUUAGAUCAUAAUGAAAACGAUUACAUGGACAUGGGGGGGACUUGAUCCUAGAUCAGCAGUCCUACUCUGAAACACGUUGCGAAUAUGAGCCCUGGUAGCUUGAAUGAUAAGAGAAAGCAAGUGGCACCACCUUGUGGUGGACAAAUGAGUAGUUUUAAAUCCUCCCCUUGCCCUGCACUUUAGAUAAGCAAACACAAACCACACAGUAUAUAAAUAUAUUCUCACAGAGGCUCUAGAGUUUAGUCUGUUUGUUUCUCUCAUUCACACUGGAAUAUCCAGUUUACUUUAUGUAUGCUUCAGAUAUAUGAAUAGAUAGAUAUGUUAGCAUGUGGCCAUUCCAUACUAUACCAAACAAAUGAAUUCUAGUGACAAUGACGUACACCACUUUCUCAAAGCCAUGCUUGAUGGUCAUCACGCAGCGUUCCUGUUCACAUUUUGUAUUAAAUGAUGCGUUUUGAAUCCUCAUAACAGUUUUUGCUUUGUACUGAAAAUGCUCUAUUUUGAAUCCUUGACUUCUCACAUUCAUCAUUUUUUGGAGAUUGUAUUAACGGUGGACUAAUGAAAACAAUACUAAAAAAUAGUUUUUGAGUGUAGUACUCCUUUAUAUGUACUUUACUGUCUUGACCCUCCUUGUUUACCUGCGUUUCAUUCUCCUCGUAACUUUAAUACUCUGCUUGUUCACUUUUCCCUCUUUUUCAUCCCACUAGUGGACCACACAGCAUUCUGAAGUAAGUACUCCUUCACACAACACAAUUACUUUUUUUUAUAUCAGACUUUUUUCAUAUUCCUUCACUUUUUGGUCCUUUUCUAUUUCAUAUAUCCUGUCUCUAAGGACAACUCCACCUAAAAGGUACAAGGAGUGGUAAAAUGUGUUGGCGUUAUUGGUCCUUGUAUUGUCCAUGUAAUCAUUGAUGAUGUGUGAUAAAACUAUUUCCCAAUUUGGGAACAAUAAAGUCCUCCUCUCCUCUCCUCUCCUCUCCUCUCCUCUCCUCUCCUCUCCUCUCCUCUCCUCUCCUCUCCUCUCCUCUCCUCUCCUCUCCUCUCCUCUCCUCUCCUCUCGAAGGAAAGAGAAACAGUAGUGAUGUCUCCUGCUCUGCUCUGUUGUGUCACAUGCAGGGUUCCUAGGAAGCCCAUUCUGGAGACAGACAUUGAGUUCUACCACGUGCCUUCCCAUGGAGACGCCAGCAAGAAGCGCCUGAUGGAGGACACAGAGGACUGGCGUCCCCGUAGCGGCACCACCCAGUCCCGCUCCUUCCGAAUCCUGGCCCAGAUCACCGGCACCGAACACCGUGAGUACCUAACACCACCAACAACACCACCACCAACACCACCACCAAGACCAACACCACCACCACCAACACCACCAACAACAACAACACCACCACCAACAACAACACCAACACCACCACCCCCACCACCAACACCACCACCACCAACACCACCACCAACACCACACCACCACUACCAGCACCACCACCCCCACCACCAACACCACCACCAACAACACCACCACCAACACCACCACCACCAACACUACCACCAACACCACCACCAAGACCAACACCACCACCAACAGCACCACCACCAACCUCACCACCACCACCAACACCACACCACCACCACCAACACCACCACCAACACCACCACCCCCCACCAACACCACCACCAACACCACCAACACCACCACCAACAACACCACCACCACCACCAACACCACCAACACCACCAACACCACCACCAACAACACCACCACCAACACCACCACCACCAACACCACCACCAACACCACCAACAACAUCACCACCAACACCACCACACCAACACCACACCAACACCACCACCAACACUACCAACACCACCACCAACACCACCACCAACACCACCAACAACACCACCACCAACACCACCACCACCAACACAGCUGCUCAACCCUCUACACUCUCUUACACAUACUCCUGUAG